AUGGCCAUCCUCAAGCUCCUCUUCGCGCUCAUACUGGCUGUCGUCAGGCCAGCCACCGCCUUCCCGUUAAAUGUCACCUCAGUCGGCAAGUUGCAGUCUCAGCCUUCUUCCAUUCAAGCUGCCGCGAGUACCCUAGCAUACGGUCUCAUGUCGUGGUACUCAAACAACCAGUCCAACACCCCAGCCACGGCCAUCGGCACCUUUCCCCAACCUCUGUACUGGUGGGAAGCAGGGGCAAUCUGGGGCGGGAUGAUCGAUUACUGGGCAUACACAGGAGACGACAGCUACAAUCCCACCAUCACCCAGGCCUUGCUGGCUCAAGUUGGUCCCAAUAACAACUUCAUGCCGCCGGCCUACUUCAGCUCGUUAGGGAACGAUGAUCAAGCAUUCUGGGCCAUCGCAAGUCUCAACGCCUACGAAUACAAUUUCCCCGUCCCCCCGGCAAACGCUUCGACCCUCUGGCUCGACCUAGCAGAAGCAGUCUUCAACACCAUGGUCCCACGCUGGUUCACGCACGAAUGCGCCGGCGGGCUCCAAUGGCAAAUCUUCAAAUCGAAUCCCGGGUGGGGCUACAAAAGCAGCAUCAGCAACGGCGGCUUCUUCCAAAUCUCCGCGCGCCUGGCCCACGCUACAGGCAACCAGACGUACCUCGACUGGUGCGAGAAGAUCUACGACUGGAUGGCGGGCGUGGGGUUCAUUGAUGCUGACUACAAUGUGUGGGAUGGCGCGGAGGCGAAGGCGAAUUGCACGCCUGUGGAUCGCUCGUUGUGGGGGUAUAAUCCUGCCGUCGUGCUGUAUGGGGCUGCGGUGCUGUUCAAUGCCACCGGGUCGGAGGUGUGGGCGGAGAGGACUUCGGGGCUGCUGGAGGCGUGCGCGAACUCCUUUUUCUCGCCGUAUCCGAAUGCGACGGACGUCAUGUACCAGCCAUCGUGUGAGCCCUUCAACAACUGCAACAACGACCAGCUCUCCUUCAAAGCCUACCUCGCCCGCUGGAUGGCGCAGUCAGCCGCCGUCAUGCCGGCCAUCGAAAGCACCGUUGUCGCCUUACUGUCUGCCUCCGCAGAAGCGGCAGCAGAGUCGUGCUCGGGCGGGGCCAACGGCACCUUGUGCGGUGAGAAGUGGUACGUGGGUGGCUACGAUGGGCAUUAUGGCGUGGGGCAGCAGCUCAGCGCUCUGGAGACGGUGCAGGCGUUGUUGUUGUUUCAGUAG